AUGACAGGGCUCUUCUCCAGGGACGUGCAGGUGAAGACCAUGGAGCAGACAGUGUCUCACACAGAGAAGCUGUUGGGACAGCUGUGCUCUGUGCUGGCCGCCUACACCAGGAAGACAGCGGGUCUGAGGGACAAAGGGGACGCUCUGGUGGGACAACUGCAGGACCUGUCCCGCUCUGAGGACCCGGAGCUCCAGCUCGGCCUGAAGAACCUGGCCGAAGACCUGGCCAUGGUACAGGACUACAGGCAGGCUCAGGUGGAGAGGCUGGAGAGCAGGGUGGUGGCUCCUCUCAAAGCCUAUGGAGACAUCAUCAAGAACAAGAGAGCUGAAGUGAAGAAGUUCAGUGCAGACCGGAGCAGAGAGAUAAAGGAGAUCCAGAAGCUGGAGAAGAUCAGGCUGAAGAACCCUGCAGACCGCCAGAGCAUUUCUCAGGCAGAGGUGAGCGCUCAGAAGGCCUCUAACAAUGCCCAGAGGAGCACGAGGCUCAUGGAGGAGGCCAUCAUGGACUUCCAGAAGAACAGGCUGGAGGACAUCAAGACCAUCUUCACAGAUUUCAUCACAGUGGAGAUGCUGUUCCACGCCAAAGCUCUGGAGAUCUACACCCACACCUUCCACAACCUGGAGUCCAUGGACCUGAACAGGGACCUAGAGGUGAGGACACUGCUCUCUGCCGGGCGUGUGCGUGUCUCUGACUUCCUGACCACUCGUGUGGACAGUCCUGUGAGUGGACUCUCUCAGUACCACAGUCCCCUGCAGAGCCCCAGCACCCGAGGGACCCUCAGGGAGCAGCUGAGGCCACAGGCGGAGCCCAUUCCCAGGCCCCGCAACACCUUAAGGCGACAGAGGCACUUGGAGGAGCUACAGAGAGAGGAGGAGGAGGAAGAGGAGGAAGAGGAGGAAGAGGAGUCAGACACUGAGGCUCCGCCCACCAGACGCUCAUACGCAGCCCAAUACGCUCAGGUGCGCCGGUGGAACAACUGA